AUGAAUUUUAAUAUCAAAGUCACGUUCAACAACUCUCCAUGUCAUCUUACUAUUGAUAAUGACAAUAACUUGAUAAUCAUGAAUUAAAUUCUUUUGAUGACAUUUCCUCUAAAUUUAGAUUCAAAUAUUGUGUGGAAAUUAGAAAAAAAUGUGCUCCUAGGCUUUGAAAUCAACACCCUAUUGUUUACAGGUGACCAUCAUGAUCUUCUCAAUCUCAAAUCCAUCAUAGGAAGACUUGUUACCUACAAAAAAAUCAGUAAUAUGUACACCUUUCUCAGCACUAUCGGAAAAGGCAACUAUUCGCAAGUAUGCAUGCUCCAGUGUAAAAUAACAAAUAAACUAUUUGCUGCAAAAUGCAUGAAGAAGGAAAACCAAUAAGUUGUAAAUGAUAUCAAAAGAGAAAUUAUGAUCUGGUCUGAGCUGUAGCAUAAUAACAUUGCCAAAUUCUAUGAAGUCUAUGAGAGUACAAACACAAUUUAUAUUGUUAUGGAGAAGCUCAAUAGAUUAAGAAAUGAUUACGAUCAUGAAGAAAUUAAAUUAAUUAUGAAAGAUAUUCUGGAAGGUGUACAGUACAUUCAUUCCAAAUACAUUAUUCAUAGAGAUUUAAAAAUCGAUAAUAUAUUGAUUGACGACGAAAAUCAAAUUAAAAUCAUCGAUUUUGGAUUGGCUUGCCAAUUUAAUAAUGUCGAAUCCAGACUUAUUAGUUGCGGCACUCCCGGUUACAUUGCUCCUGAAGUUCUGAUGAAUAAACCCUUUGAUUACAAAUCUGAUAUCUUCAGCAUGGGAGUUGUCAUGUAUAACCUCUACUUUAAUAAACAUUUAUUCCAAGCUGAUUAAGUGUCUGACAUUCUCAAACUCAAUAAGAAAUUCACCCUAUCUAGAUUGCCAGUAUUCAAUAUUCCAGAUUGUGGUUAUCAAUUGUUAAGAAGCUUAUUGAAUCACAAUCCUUUAUAACGAAUAACGGCCUCUUAGGCUCUCUCACAUUGGUAUAUGAAUUCAAUCAAGGAGGAACAUUUCAUAAAGGUUCCUAGAAAUCCUAAUCCAAAAUUUAAGGAUCACAUUUAAUCGUGCUCAAUUAUUUACUCGAAAACUACUAUAACUUCAUACAAUAAAAUAUAUUGA